AUGGGUUUUCUCCUACGUUUGCUGCUAAUCAAUGGGUUAGCUUUGCUGGUUUGCUUGGUACAAGCGGAAAUCCAUUACCAUGACUUUGUUCUAAGGGAGGAAAAUUUCACCAGGCUGCGCAAAACCAAGAAAAUGAUGGUGGUAAACAGCCAGUUUCCAGGGCCAACGAUUUAUGUUCGCAAAGGUGAUACUGUAUUUGUUAAUGUCCAUAAUGAAGGAGGUUUCAAAGUCACAGUCCACUGGCAUGGAGUGAGGCAACCAAGGAAUCCAUGGUCAGAUGGUCCUGUAUACAUUACACAAUGUGCAAUUAAACCUGGAACAAAUGUCACAUAUGGAGUCAUUUUUUCUGAUGAAGAAGGAACCCUUUGAUGGCAUGCUCACAAUGACUGGACUAGAAACACUGUUCAUGGUGCCAUUGUCAUUUAUCCUCGACAAGAAUCCACCUAUCCCUAUCCUCAGCCUGAUGCUCAAGAAAUUAUCAUACUUGGAUCUUGGUACAUCUACGAUGUGAACCUCUUAGUCGAACAUGACCUUGAAACAGGGGCGGAUUUACCCAUAUCAGAUGCUUACACAAUCAAUGGCCAACCUGGAGAUUUCGCAGCAUGCUCUAAAGACCGAGAGCACACAUAUCGUUGGAUAGUUGAUUAUGGCAAGACCUAUCUUCUCCGCAUAGUGAACGCAGUAAUGAAUGCGGAAAUGUUCUUCGCCAUUGCCGGACACAAUAUCACAGUCGUUUCACAAGAUGCAGCAUAUCUUAAACCAUUUGUCACAAGUUAUAUAAUGAUUGGCCCUGGACAAACCAUGGACGUUCUCGUCACGGCAAACCAAAAAACUCUCGGCGGCCAAUAUUAUAUUGCUGGCAGACAAUUCUACACUGAUAAAACCCUUUUCACUGGAUUUAACAAAUUUAAUGCCACGGCUAUUCUCCAAUACAACAAUGGCAACAAUACACAGGAUCCUGAAACCAUAGAAUUUCCCACAACUCUUCCUUCUUAUGAAGAUUACGACGCCGGAAUCAGCUUCAGGAACAGAAAGAGGAGCUUAACGGUUCAGGAUGUGCCGAAGAAUAUUACUACUAGAAUGUACAUUGCGGCAGCUCAAAACCAGUUGAUGCUCAACGUUUCAGGAAAUGUCACUUUUGCUCUGGCUGCAAGCUUAAAUAAUGUGAGCUGGGUGAACCCUUGGAUGAAUGUUCUUCAAGCCUAUUAUCAGAACAUGACAGGAUCUUAUACUGAUGAUUUCCCGGACAAGCCUCUGGAGUUCUACGAUUUUGUGUCGGAUACUUUGCCAGCUAACACGACUGAAUCGCUGUUGGCGACGAAGGUGAAGGUGUUGGAAUACGGUGAAGAAGUGGAGAUGGUGUUUCAGGCAGCCAAUGUGUUGAAUGCAUCAAAGGAUCAUCUGCAUCUUCAUGGGCAUAGCUUUUACAUGGUUGGAGCUGGUGGAGGCAAUUUUGAUUUUGAUAAGGACCCUCAAUCUUACAACUUGGUUGAUCCACCGUUUGUCAAUACUAAUACACUUCCAAAAGAUGGAUGGAUUGCCGUUAGAUUCAAGGCGCUUAAUCCUGGGGUGUGGCUGUGGCAUUGUCAUUUAUACAGACAUUUGAGUUGGGGAAUGAACACUGUUAUUAUAGUGCAGAAUGGAGCAACUCCUGAGACAUCUAUUCUUCCACCUCCUCCUCACGGCGAUGCUCCAUCUACUAUUAAGAAGAAGACAUCACAAUUUUCAGCUAAACAAACCACUACUUAA